UCACAGUAAAAUUUUAAGAUGGCUGUCUCCUGAAAGGAAAGAAGAAAAUGAAUGGAUAAAGGAAGAGGUUAGCAUAAGUCAGCCAUGUCUGCAGUGGCUAUUUUGUCCUGUCAGCCAAAUUCACAUCCAUUUCGUGAGCGGCAUAUCUCGCUUCAUGAACCAGUCAAGAUUGGCAGAUCUGUAGCCAGAGCCAGACCAGCUAACAACAAUGGCAUUUUUGAUUGCAAAGUUUUAUCCAGAAAUCAUGCCAUGCUUUGGUAUGAGAAUGGCACAUUCUACCUCCAAGACACAAAAAGCAGCAAUGGUACAUUCAUUAACAAUCAACGCCUCUGUAAAGGGGGAGAGGAGAGCUCUCCCAGAGAGGCAUAUUCUGGGGACCACAUACAGUUCGGUGUUGAUGUGAUGGAAAAUAACAGAAGAGGAGAAAAAAUAACUCAUGGAUGUAUAAUAGCAACCAUUACCUUGUUUCAUCCAGAUGGCAGGGAAGCAAAGAAUAUUUACACUGAUGGACACUUUGCCAAUACUGUUACCCCAGGUUUCACUAUACAGUCUCAGGAACUUUACCAAUUAGCCCAGUAUUUACAGGAGGCCUUACACAGAGAAAAGAUGUUAGAACAGAAAUUUAGUACAUUACAACAGUUGUUAAACAACACACAGGAAUCAUCAGAAGAUGGCUGGCAGGCUUUAAUUGAUGAAGACAGAUUAUUAUCCAGACUAGAGGUGCUAGAAAAUCAACUACAUACAUACUCAAAAAAUCAUUCAGAAGAUGCUUUAAGACAAGAAGUUGUAACUCUUCAAGAAGAAAAGUUACAGUAUGAAACAACUGCUAAGGAAUCAUUAAGGAGAGUUUUACAAGAAAAAUUAGAAGCUGUGAGAAAAUUAUCAGAUUUAGAGAGAUCAUUACAUAACACAGAAGAAGAAUGUAGUCAUCUUAAAGAUAUGUGUGAAAAAUCACAAGAAGAGUUGCAACAACUGGCAGAAAAAUAUCAGGAUCAACUCAAAGAAGUGUCAAAUAUUCAGGGGCAACUACAGGAUGCAGAGAAUAGUCAUAUGGAAGAGAGAGAAAAAUUUGACAAAGAAAAAACUGACCUCAUGGAAAAAAUAGAGGAUCUUAUGAAAGAGGAAAGCAUUUUAUCAGCAAAGAUGGAGGCAUUGCAAUCAGAUAAUGAUGUAGCGAGAGAAGAAAUAGCUUCAUUAAAAGAAAAACUAGAAUCAAUGAAAGAACCAAACAAUCAUGAGAAAGAUUUGGAUGAAAAGACAGAUGAUGAUGAAACAGAAGACAAGAAUACUGAUGAGAAAAAAUUGUUCAAUUCUGAUACAUCUGAUGAAACAUCAAAGAUCAUCCCUACAAGUCUUAAAGAUUUAGACCCUGAAGAAUCUGAAAAUAAACUGAAAGAAUUACACUAUGAAAUAGAAAAAUACAAAGCAAAAAUGGAAGACUCUGAAUCAAGACUAAAGGAAAGUGGAGACAAAGUUGAACAAUUACAAAAAGACUUAGAAAUAGCACAAUUGGAUACUAGGCAGUAUGUGGCUAAGAUAUCUUCUUUAGAAGAAAAGCUUAAGCUGUCUGAUUUGCACAUGAACCAAAUGAUGGAGAAUACCAUGUCUGACUUAAAAAGUGCAGUAAUUGAUGAUGUGCAACUGAAAGAAUCUCACAAACAGGCUGAUGGCAGUAACACACUAAUCAAAACUUUACAAGAUCGAGUAGUGAGUCUGGAAACAGAAUUAGUUAAUAUAAAGACCACCACAGAUAAGGCUGACAUGACAGUCGUAGCUUCAAGCUUUGAUCAGACUUUGAGUAAUCACCUAGAUGAUUCAGACUUAACUGACUCUGGUCUUGAAGAUGAUGAUAAUUUGAAAGAACUGCUUCGAGAAGCAAGACAACUGCAGAAGAGAGCUGAGGGCGAACUGACCAAAUGUAAAGAUGAAUUAGAUGACACUAGAGCUAGGGUUCAAAAGAGUGCUGACGAGGCAAUUCUACUAAAAUCCAAAUUAACAGAAGUUCAAAAGCAUGCUGAUGAGAAGUCUGAUAUGGUAGUAGAUCUGCAAGAUCAAUUAAAGAAAGCUGAAACCACAACAAAAGAAGUUAAACAACAGAUAUUAGAUUUACGAGAUCAGUUACUGGAAGAACAAUCACAUACCAAGACUAACCAAGAGGAUUUGAUUCUAACUAAAAAAAAUUUAGAACAAGAGAAAUCCAAACAUAAAGAAACAAGAAAAGAGCUGGAAGAAGCAAAACGCACCUUGUCAGAAACACAGCAAUCUGCAAAACAAAAUCACAACGAAUCAGAACAACUAAAAAACAAGGUACGUCAUCUUCAAGAACGUCUUGACUUAGAUAGGAAAGAACGAGCCAGAGAAUCUCAUCAUGCUCGACUGACGCACUCAGACUCCCAUCCGGGUUCACAUACUAGCCCCAAUGUCAAACAUCGAGGUAAUAUCAUUGCUGAUUUUGCUGCAUUGAAAGAUGAGUGUGCCAGUUUACGUAAAAGGAUUCAAGCUAUUGAAGCAGAGAUGAAAAUGUCAAGAAAAGAGAACCUUCAGCUUUCUUCAGAGUACAACAAACUCCAAGAAUCUUAUAAACAAUUAGAGGCCUUAAAACAAAAACUAGAAACAAAAGAAGCUGUGUGGCGGUCAAACAUGACAGACUCACAGAAAGAAACUGACCUUGCCAAACAGGAGGUGAGGCGCAGUCCAAGGGGCAGACAACCCAUUAUGGGAGGUCGCCUAAAAACAUCUGGAGUAACCAAGCCUACUUUGAAAAGUGUUUCUUCUGAUCCUAAGUUGUCGUUGAAGCUGUGUGAAGCCCAAGAGGAGAUAGCCAGUCUUAAAUCACAAUGUGAAACUUAUUCAGUGAAAAAUGGAGAACUGAAAAGUGAAAUAGCCAAUAUGGCUGAUGAAUAUAAGCAGCUUUCAGAUAGAAGCAAAGUGCUUUCAUUUUGCUCAAGUAUACCAUUACUGAUGCUACUAUUUGCCGUUCUAGUAGCAUUAUAUCCUACAUUAGCACAAAUUACCGGAACAACACCAUAAUCAAGAUCAUGUGAAUGUUUGUAAAGGAGGUCAUAAUCAUCUGAGUGUUUAAAGAGACAUGGUGGAAAAUGUGUGCAUGUUAUAAUAUUCCAUAUGUAUAUAAUACAUUUGUAUAUGAGUUUGAAUGUUUGGAGAGAGUAAAUGUGUUUUUAUGUGUAUAUUAUGUGUUUUUGAGAUGUAAGAGGUAUUGAUACAUAUAUUGUAAGAGUCGUGUAUGUUAAUGGAUAUGUAGAACUUCAAUAUAUAUAAGUUUAGCUAUUUUCUUUUUUUAAGCGUACACUAUAAGCAAUAGUAUUUAUAUAUAAAGUGCUAUAUUACAGUUACAUAAAAAGUAUAUAAUGAUAUAAACAUGUAUAGAAGGAACUUUUUUUUAAUUUUUGUUGGAAAGUAUAAUUUAUUUGUAUUUAAUUUGAAAGGUUACAAACAUAACUCUUAUAUAAGCAAUAAUUAGAAAAUUCAAAAGUAUGAAUUUGGAGAGAGUUAAUGAGUGUUCCAGCUAGAAAAUUUUCUUAAAUGUCAUUACCAGUCAUAAAUAUCGCACACCCUGUGUCCUUCUUUCCUUGAGCUCUCCCCAUUUCUUUGGCCCUGCUAUGUUAUCCAUCUUUGAAUUCCAAUUACAUGUUAAAGUGUCCCUUUUCCUAUUUACUUAAUGUGCUAAAGUACACUUUUUGAGAUAUGGAACCUGCCCAUUUCAAAUCCUGGCUGGAACAUUGAAUGGUUUGAAAAUCAUAACAUAUCAUUGGCUUUUGUUGUUAUUAUUUUUAUUGUUGCAACUGUUGAUUUACAUUCAAACAAUCUGUUUUAUUGUCUUUAUGUCAAAAGAGGCAUUGGUUUUGUAAAUUUGCUUGUUGAAUUAUAGUGCUAAGUGCAGGAUAUAUGCUGACACAGUUGUUUAUGUUUUCCCUAAUACGGUACAAAUGUUAUAAUGUGUGUGAAUUCAACUGUAAGCUUUAAAAAUUAUUGAAGUUAUAACAAACUUAAAUUCUAAAGAAAAAAAAUUUAAAUGCAUAAUAUUCAAGACCAGAAUAAAUUAUUUUCAUAUCAUUUUAAUUUUUUGGACAGUUUGUAAUGUUCUAUUCUCCUUAGUUAAAACUAGUUCUAAGUUAUAAGUGCAAAUAUAGCUCUGCAGUCUAAAAAAAAAGUAAAAUAACAAAAAUACCGAAUUCCAAGAAAAAUUCAAAACAUGAAGUUCCUUAUGAAAUUAUCCCAAUGUUUUAGAUAAGAUACAACUGAUAUACUAACAGAAAAUUUAUUCAGUUUAUCGUGAAAGUUCAGAUUUCUGUGAAAAAUUAUGCCUUGUAUGUUUUAAAGUCAGAAACCAAACAAAUUCUGGCUAUUCUCAUUUUAUUCUUUUCAUUACAUCGAAACUUCAAAAGUGAAGAUAUUGAAAAAUUCAGAAGUAUACAGUUCCAUUUAAAGAAUGCCAAGAAAUAUAUCAAAUGCAGAAAAUAUUCCUGAAUGACACUGUUAUCCACAAUUAAGAUAUUAGAAUCCCGGACAGUUGGUACAUGUUAAAUAGAUUUCUGUGAUAGAUUGUUUGUUAUUUGUAUGUUAUACUGUAGAAAAUUGAAACUUUUUGUAAAAAAAAAUCAAAUCCUGAAGGUAAGUUACUUGGGAAAAUCUAUAAAAAGAAGAGGAAAUUGACAAACAUGAAGAGAACAUAAUAAAUCUUGAUAUUCAUAGAAAAAUAUUAAAACGGUUCUUUUCUAAAUAAUGUUCAGGGUAACAAGUAGUGACAUUGUUUCAAUUUUCUGUGGUAGAGUUUGUUAAAUAAAGGAAUGGUAAUACUGUAUCCUUUGAUUUGACCAUUUAUUCUUCUUUCAUUUGUCAUUAUUCUGAUAUUCAGGGUGACAUUUGAUACAAGUAGGUACAGACAAUUUGUCAGUAAACAUCUGUUAAAAACAAAUCAAUUCAAUAUAUAUUAACAUUAAAAAUAAGUGCAGCAUGAAAUAUAGAGAACUGUCUAUUUAUAAAUGUUAAAAGAUUAAAGGCCUGACACAAUAAUCAAAUUGAUUGGAGAAAAAAAAUUGACAAUGAUAAAAUGAGUGAUUGAGAUAAAACAAUAGAAAAAUCUUAAAAUAUCUGGUUUCAGAGUAUGUUAUUGUUAAUAGAGUUCCUUUAUAUGAUCAUUAAAGAUUUUUAUUGACAAAUUAUUUGUAUGUGCUCGCGCUAUAGUUCCACUCAGGUCCAUGUAGAUAAGAAGUUUCAUUAUGUAGACUGUUUUGAAUGUUGUUGUUUUUUUAUAUAUAGAUGGAAGUAGGUCUACUUAAAAUGAAGGGUGUAAAUGGAAUUACUUCGGUAACAAAAAUGGGAGUUAAUCUUUUUUUAUUUGUUAUUUCAAUUAUAGUUGCUUGUAGAGUGUAUGAUCCAAAAUGCACUGCUAUGCUGCUUAUACUUUUUUUUUGCAUAAUGAUUUAAAUCAACUGAUAGCAUAGUUAGGCUGGUUCAAUAUCAAUGUUAUAGAUUCUCAUCAACAUGCACAAACACUUGAGUGGGUAGGGAGGAUUUAAUUUUUCUGGGGUAAUGUGGGUGAGAAUGAGUGUAGGUUAAAGUGGCUUAACAGACAUGCAUCCUUGUGCUUACCUGAAAAUUUAAUUGCUUUUAUUUUAUGUAGCUGCUAAAAUCAGUUGUAACUUAUUUAUAGAUUUUCAGUGCUUUGACACAUUCUCUAGAAGGAAGCUAUAUAUUUUAUCAUACUUUCAUACUUUUCUAGAAUAUCCUGGUUUCUUUGUGUAUAAAUUAUAUAUGUAAAAGAAUUAUUCUGUUGCCAAAGUAAUGUAUUUAUGAAAUGUGUUGUUUAUGUUGAUAAUUGUUAUUUACUUUCUUUUUGAGUGUUAUCAUGGAACUUAAAUGGAAUCAAAGCUUAACUUGUUGGAAUAUUACCCAGUUAAAGCCUGACUUCUUGGAAUAUUACCCAGUUAAAGCCUGACUUCUUUGAAUAUUUACCUACAGUUACUAAAUUGAAUCUCAUUUUGGAGUAAGGAAAAAGCAAUUUCUCAUAAAGCAAACAUAUAUAUAUUUAGCUUUCAAUAAACAGUUUCCAUGUAUAAUUAGAAUAUUUAUCAUGUGGCUUUCACAAGGAUAAGGAAAAUAAGGAAUAUCUUAAUCACAUUAUAACAUCACCAUAUAUAGCAAGUCCCAAAUAAUAACUAGUUCGUUAUUCAAUGACUGUCUCCUGCUUGUCAAUUUUAAGUGUUCAGCAUUGUGUGUGUAGUUGUAUACUAAUUUAAUUAAUUUUGUUGUAUAUCUGUAUAACAAUCACCACUUCUCUUAAAAAGGGCUGUAUUUUCUGUUAAAUUAUUGGACUUAAACUACUCAAGAUUAUAUGGACUUAGAGAAUAUACCAAAAAGAUGGACAUGUUAUGGAAUUGUAUGUGUGUGAAUGGUGUAAUUAAUGUGUGAUUAAUUGAAAGUAAUGUCUUCCUUACAUAGUGUGUGUAUCUCAUUACACAUCAGAUACAUGUAAUUGUUGUGAUCAGGCCAGUUAAAGGGAUCAAUAUUCCUGUUUGACAUAACUUUGUGGACAUUUUUUUUCAUCUUUUUAUAAUUAUUUGCUAAGAUAUUUUAAAUCAUCGGUUACUUUUUUUCCAUAACAUAGAAGCAUCCAGUUUUAUGUACUUGAGCUAGUAUUUAUAUUGUAUGUUCUGUGUGUCCCAAAGAUCCAUAAAAAAUAUUUGUCAUACAAAUUUCGGUACUAAUAAUAUAUGGGAGGCAACUUUGUCAUUUGCCAUUAAUACCCAAAAUCAUAGAUAUUUAUCCUUUUGGAUAAUAUAAAACUGUCACCAAUAAUUUUUUGGUCAGUGCUUUUAUUUUCUGUUUUCAUUAAAAAACAAAUGAUGCCGGAAAAAAAUACACCACACAGGUGCUAGCUGUUGCUCAAAAAUAUGAUAAAAAAAGUUUUUUUAAGUUACAUAUACAAUAAAUAAACUUAAAUUCAGCAAUGAGUAAAAAUUAUAUUCUUAAAUUUGAAUGCAGAGUUAGCAUUUACAUUUGCAUAAACAAUGGUAUUUGAUGUAACUGGGACACACAGUGGCUUGAGAUAUCUAGUAUAUAUAGAUCACCCCUCACUGAGAAUGACACUAUGCAUAAAAUAAGUGAACAGACAUUACCUUUACUAUUCAUCAUGGUGUAACAAUCAAACUUUUAUCUUAUUGAAAUUCAUUUUGCUCCAAGUGUUCCCUUGUCUACACUUCUUUCUUUCCUGAAUAUGGAGAACAGAAUAUUGCAAAUUACAAUAAAAUAGACCCCAGUUUUAAAGAAAUAGAUAUGUAGUAUUUUUUCAGAAAUUUUAGACUUUAAAGGAAGAAUUUCAUUGUUAUUGUGUAAUGUGUUUACUUGUUUUAUGCAUAAAACCUUGAUGUUUUGGUGUAAGAAUUGGCAUUGGUAAUUUUCGGGCCACCUUAGUUUCUUCCUUUUGGUGAAGGGGCUUAUGUGGUGGCAGGCACUUUGUUAUAUCUGCUUCUGAAGCCUCAAAUCAUUUCUCAAAGGUAAAGGUUCAUAGUCUAUAACAUCAACAUUUUUUUUACACCCUAUAGUUCUUCAAAUCAAUUACAGCAGUUUUGAGUUUGUAAAAAAAUAACAUAGGAGCUAUAGCAGUAAAUAGUUACAUUUUACUAGCUAAAAAUUCAAUACAUCAAUUUCAGGUUUUGAUGGCAUUGAAGGAAAUGAAACAAAUUGAUGCAAUUUUUAUGCACCACAACAGAAAAUGUAACAUCACAGACCAAACUUUUAUAUAUUUCAUAUUUCCUUAGGUCAACUUGCCUAAGUUUGAAAUGAAUUGUCUUAAAGUCUCUUUAACUUUAAAUUGGUGCAUUGUUACUGGAAUAAUUUGAUAUUGGUAAUGCAUAUGAAUACUGUUGAACCUUUUUCACUUUGCCCAGUGUUAUUUACAUUACAUGAGAGAGUAGCCCUGAUAUUUUAACUUUUUUUAAUUAUUAUAUAACUGAGUAGACUGAACCUUUAUUACUUUUUCGCCGAGAAAUAAUCGAUGGUUUCUAAGGAGUACGAAAAUGUGAAAUGGUAAGUUAAAUGUAUGAAUACCUGCUUAUAAAACUUGAGAGCAAUGGUUUAAAACUAGUUUUGUACAGAAAAUGGUCAACUUUUCACCAUCGAAGAGAAGCUGAUAACUAAUUGACAUGGAAAUAAAAAAACACUUGUUAUCAAGUUUAAAGAAAUAAACAAAAUAACAUAAAUUUACUUUAAUUUAAUAUGAAGGAAAGACCAUGUAUAGUUAGACUUCUAUGAUAUGAACUAGAAUUUCAAAGUGUACUUUACAACUGUACUACUAUAUUAAUUGUAAUUCUGUACUUUACAAAUUGUAAAGUGAUUUAAUAGUAGUGAUGAAAGAUAGAGACUGAAUGGAUUACAAGAUAGCCUGAAUUAUUACUUAAAGCUCCUCAUUUGAUGCUGUAGAAUUUGUUAUUUUGCUAUUUGAUAUAAUGCUUUGUCUGUUGUCUUGUUGAAGCAUUGUAUAAAAAAUCAGUGGGAAAUUAUGUUUCAGUAUUGAAAUUUAUUUCAAAAGAAAAGCUGUUCUGAUACAUUGUAAAAUUCACAUUUUUGUUUAUAAAAGUUUACUAUUUAAAAUAAACCUAUGCAGAAUGCA